AGGGAAUGGGAAUGGGAGGAGGGAAUGGGAGGGGGCGUGGCUUGGAGUCAGGAAGCGCCUGGGAGCUAAACAUGAGCCGCACGGACAGUCUGCCGGAUCCGUCACUUUACACAGUGAAAGCCGUUAUCAUUCUGGACCAGGAUGGACACAGACUACUGGCCAAAUAUUACGAGAACGACUUCCCGUCCCUGGCGGAGCAACAAGACUUUGAGAAGCAGAUUUUCAGAAGGAGUCACAAAGCAGAAAGUGAAGUGCUGCUUGUGGAUGGUGUGACUGCAUUGUGCCAGAAGUUAUCUGACAUCACGUGUUACAUCAUCGGUGGACUCCAUGAGAAUGAGCUUCUCCUUCUAGCCGCCCUGACUUGUAUUUGUGAGAGUCUGUGCCACAUGCUGCGGAAACACGUGGACCGGAGCUCCCUGCUGGAGAACAUGGAUACGGCCUUCCUCGUCCUGGAUGAGAUUAUAGACCAGGGGGUAAUUCUGGAGAGCGAUUAUCAGCAGGUUGUGCAGCGACUCAGCUUCAAGAGCAUCUCGGAGCCAGCCUUUGGCUUUGUGCUGUUUGACUAUCUGACUGGCAGCGGAGAGCAGGGCACAAGCCAAAAAGAUCAGGCAUAGAGUCGGGAAUGAGUGCCGUAUGUCCUGCCGUUCCAGCAAUAACAACUGAGAAACCUCUGCCUUUUUGUGUGUGGCCUCAUGUCAGCUGACUGGCGAAGCAUGCUGGGAGUUGUAGUUCACAAUGCCUUUGACAUCCCUUGAUGCCGCCCCCGCUGUACAGAACCAGAUUAGUGUCAUUAUUUCUAUUGUUGUAAAACACGGCCAGAUGUCUCUGCAAAUGAGUUGUAUAAUUAGAGGCUGGCACUGCACCCCAAUAAAGGGAAUAAAAAGCAGCUUUCAACCCAA